AAUGUUUCUUUAUCGUAUCAGAUGGAUGAGAUGAUCAGGACCGGCGUACUUGAAGGAGGUAAAUUAAUAGCUGACCCCGUUAUUGACGCUCACGUGUACACUAUAACCCAGGCUACUCUUUCCUCCGCCUCUCCCAGGUUACCAGAGGGAUUAAGGAUAGGACCUGUGGAACCGCAUCACGCUCAUAUUCUUUUCAAACACUGGGAGCAUAACCAACUUGAGAACAUUGAGGAAUAUACUGAGAUGGUGAAAGCUCUCCCUGGCUAUGCUGUCUACCCUUGCCCUUCACCCCACACUACAGAGGGCACUGAAGAUUCAGCACUGGAAGACACGGAACAACCCUUAGCGUGGGCACAGUUCACAUCGCGUAACACUAUUGGGAACACAUUUACCUUGGAGAAAUAUCGCAGGAUGGGCCUCGGUAAGGCUGUCACUCUCGCCCUGGUAACACACUUGCUGAGAGAAGGCACAAGUGCCUCACUUAUCAUUGUGGACAAAAAUGAGGCUUCCAUAAGAUUCCAUGAGGGGCUGGGGUUCGUCAGGGAGACUCCCGUCAUGUAUCUGGUCCGCUCCGUGCUGGGAGUUUCUGAAGAUUUUCCCUCCACUCAAUAAAUCUCAUUGUGUUUUCAUCCUUCCCAUCCCUAUCCCCCACACAGACAGACAGACAGACAGACACACACACACACACACACACACACACACACACACACACACACACACACACACACACACACACACACACACACACAGGAAGCAGAGAGAGAGAGGAUCCAGUAGCGAUCAGUGAAGAGGCGGGGCCAGGAGCUGAGUCUCGACCCCUGCAACCACAAUUAGGUGAGUACAAUUAGGUGAGUACACACACACACAAACACCGUCGGGUUUACCCGACGGUGUAAGGAGGCAAAAGCAAAAUGCAAUAGAGAAUGGAAAAAGUACAGAAGGCAGUGAACACACGAAAAUAGGGAGAUCAGUCGCAGAGCCAGGAAUGAGUACGCACAGGUAAGGAGGGAGGCCCAGCGACAGUAUGAAAAUGACAUAGCAUCGAGAAUCAAGACUGACCCUAAACUGUUGUAUAGCCACAUCAGGAGGAAGACAGUCAAAGACCAGGUGAUCAGAUUAAGGACAGAAGGUGGAGAACUCACAAGAAAUGAUCAGGAGGUAUGUGAGGAGCUGAACAGGAGAUUUAAGGAAGUUUUUACAGUAGAGACAGGAAGGGCUGUGGGAAGACAGCACAGAAGGGAACAUCAAGUGGGAAUAUACCAACAAGUGUUGGAUGACAUACGAACAACUGAGGAGGAGGUGAAGAAGCUCUUAAGUGACCUUGACACCUCAAAGGCGAUGGGACCGGACAACAUCCCCCCAUGGGUCCUUAGAGAAGGAGCAGAGAUGCUGUGCGUGCCUCUAACCACAAUCUUCAACACAU